UUUUUAGCAACGCCGCUUCUGUAAAUCAGUCUUUUCUUUGAAGUCGACUCCGUAGUUCGACUCUCUCUCAGUCUUCAUCGUUCUAUCAGGGAAAUGUCGACCAAUCGAAAGAAGACCAGGAAACUUCGUGGUCAUGUCAGCCAUGGCCACGGCCGUAUCGGCAAGCACCGUAAGCAUCCCGGAGGUCGUGGUAAUGCAGGUGGUAUGCAUCACCAUCGAAUCAAUUUCGACAAAUACCAUCCUGGUUACUUUGGCAAGGUUGGUAUGAGGAACUUCCACAUCCGAAAGAACCAACACCACAUGCCAGCUAUCAACCUUGAUAAACUGUGGACCCUAGUAUCAGAACAGACCAUGGAGAAGUACAAGAAUCAUCCUGAGAAGAAAGUCCCCAUCAUUGAUUGUGUUCGAGCUGGUUAUUUCAAGGUUUUGGGCAAAGGAACUCUACCGAAGCAGCCCAUGAUUGUCAAGGCAAAAUUCUUCUCCAGAAAUGCUGAGACUAAGAUCAAGUCUGUUGGUGGAGCCUGUAUUUUGACUGCUUAAGAUGUUCAAUGGUGUCUUGGCAUUAAUACAGUGUCUUUAUCAAA